CGCGCUCUGUGCGUCGACUGAUAUGUCGUAUUUCGGGCUGUGACGUUCCGUUUGUCUAUGGGAGUGUUCGUUCGUAUUGAAUUUGUGGAAAUAAAAUUUGAUGUCCCGAGAAAUAAGAGCAAGUAUUGUAAUUUUUGCAUGACAGUGAAUAAAGUAAUUGCUUGAAUAUGGCGUUGGAGGGUGUGAAGAGUGAAAAGUGCGAGGAAAACAACGGCAAUGUGCCAGACGGCAAGGCGAACGGGAUCGACAACAAGAGUAAACAGAUAGAUCCAAAUACAGCAUUUUUGCGAGCAGCACGCGCCGGUCAGCUCGACACAGUAAUUGAGCUCCUCGAUUCGGGCGCUGUCAAAGAUAUCAACACAUGUAAUACGAAUGGACUGAAUGCUCUUCAUCUAGCAGCGAAAGAUGGUCACAUAUCAGUGGUCGAGGAGCUGCUCAAACGGGGCGCCACCGUGGACGCUGCAACUAAAAAAGGCAACACAGCCCUACACAUAGCAUGUCUCGCGGGGCAGGAGGCGGUGGCGAAAGCCCUUCUCGGGGCCGGGGCGAAGGCCGACGCCCAAUCCGCAGCAGGCUUCACACCUCUCUACAUGGCUGCACAAGAGAAUCAUGCUGGAUGCGUCAAGAUGCUGCUUGCCGCUGGAGCCAGUCAAACUCUCGCUACAGAAGAUGGUUUCACGCCAUUAGCGGUGGCCAUGCAGCAAGGACACGACAGGGUAGUCGCGGAACUACUGGAAUCCGACACAAGGGGCAAGGUUCGAUUGCCGGCGUUACACAUCGCGGCCAAGAAAAAUGACGUGAAAGCGGCAACUCUGCUGUUAGAGAACGAGCACAACCCGGACGCGUGCUCCAAGUCGGGGUUCACGCCGCUGCACAUCGCGGCGCACUACGGGAACGCGGGCGUGGCGCGCGCGCUGCUGGCCGCCGGCGCGGACCCCGCGCGCGCCGCCAAGCACGCCAUCACGCCGCUGCACGUGGCCAGCAAGUGGGGCCAGCUCGCCAUGCUCGACCUGCUGCUCGAACACGGCGCGAAUAUAGCAGCAGUGACCCGCGACGGUCUGACCCCGCUACAUUGCGCGGCGCGAUCCGGACACAGCAAUGUAGUGUCGCGGUUGCUGCAACACGGUGCGCCGAUCACCAGCAAGACUAAGAAUGGACUGACUCCUCUCCACAUGUCCGUGCAAGGCGAACACGUGGAGACGGCCAAAGUACUUCUGACAGAGGGCGCGCCCAUCGAUGACGUCACAGUCGAUUACCUCACCGCACUGCAUGUCGCGGCUCAUUGUGGACACGUCAAGGUGGCUAAACUAUUGUUAGAUAGAAACGCGGACGCGAACGCACGAGCGCUGAACGGGUUCACGCCCCUUCACAUCGCUUGCAAGAAGAACAGACUCAAAGUCGUCGAGUUGCUUCUUAAAUAUGGCGCCAGUAAAUCGGCGACCACCGAGUCGGGCCUGACGCCUCUGCACGUGGCGUCGUUCAUGGGCUGCAUGAACAUAGCGCUGGUGCUCAUAGGGGCGGGCGCGGACGCCGACGCCGCCACGGCCCGCGGGGAGACGCCGCUGCACCUGGCCGCCAGGGCGCACCAGACCGACCUGGUCCGGGUGCUCCUCAGGAAUAACGCCAAGGUGGACGCGCGCGCCCGCGAGGAGCAGAGCCCGCUGCACGUGGCGGCGCGGCUGGGGCACGCGGACAUCGCGGCGCUGCUGCUGCAGCACGGCGCCGACGUGGCCGCCACCACCAAGGACCGGUACACGCCGCUGCACAUCGCCGCCAAAGAAGGCAAGGAAGAAGUAGCGGCUAUACUCCUGGACAACAACGCGCCCAUAGAAGCGGAGACGCGCAAAGGGUUCACGCCGCUCCACCUGGCGGCCAAGUACGGAGACAUCGGCGUGGCGCGGCUGCUGCUGGCCCGCGGGGCGCAGCCCGACGCGCCCGGGAAGAGCCACAUCACCCCCCUGCACAUGGCCACCUACUACGGACACCCCGACAUCGCCUUGCUGCUCUUGGAUAAAGGCGCAUCUCCGCAUUCGUUAGCCAAAAACGGUCACUCGGCUCUGCACAUCGCCUGUCGGCACAACCACCCCGAUAUCGCCUUUGCACUUCUUGAACACGAUGCCGAUCCCGGGGUAAAAUCGAAAGCUGGGUUCACACCUCUACACAUGGCGGCACAAGAGGGACACGAGGACUGCGUCGAGAUGCUCAUCGAGAGAGGAGCUGACGUUAAUGUACCUGCAAAUAAUGGUUUGACUCCGGUGCACUUGGCUGCAUCGGAGGGUCGCACGGGCGUGCUGAAGGCGCUGCUGGCGGCGGGCGGGCAGUGCUCCGCCAAGACGCGCGACGGGUACACGCCGCUGCACGCCGCCGCGCACCACGGCCACCACGCCGCCGCCAGGACGCUCAUCGAUGCCGACGCUGACGUCACAGCUAAAGCCGCGCACGGGUUCACGCCGCUGCACCAGGCCGCGCAACAAGGACACACGCUUAUUAUACAGCUGCUCUUGAAGCACAACGCCGACCCCAACGCGCUGUCCGCCAACGGUCAGACGCCGUGCGCCAUUGCGGACCGGCUCGGCUACAUCAGCGCGGUGGAGGCGCUGCGCCCCGUCACCGAGAACACGCUCAGUCAGGCCGUCGGGGACACCGGUGGCCUUGAGGGUAAAUACCGCGUGGCAGCACCUGAGCUCAUGCAGGACACGUUCAUGAGCGACUCGGAAGACGAAGGAGGCGAAGUCGAGUGUCCUAUUCAACAGCAACAGCAGUAUCGCUACAUGAACAGCGAAGUCGGCACGCUGCACCGGGCGAAACCGCUCGAGGACACGGUCACCGACGGACACCUGUGGCCGAGCAAUAAUGACAAAAAAGUCGCCACGAUGGAACGACAACCAGUCGAUAUUGGGUUUUUGGUGUCCUUCGUUGUUGACGCCCGCGGCGGGGCCAUGAAAGCAAAGCGCCGCGGCGGAGUCCGGAUCAUCGUACCACCGGCGGCUUGUGCGGCACCAACCAGAGUCACGUGCAGAGCUGCCACCAGACGCGCCCCGGCCGCCGCCCCGCCCCCUCUGAUGGAGGGCGAAGCUCUGGCCUCCAGAUUACUGGAGUUACAACCAGCUGGAGCCAAGUUCUUAGCGCCGGUUAUAAUCGAAGUGCCCAUCUUCACGUCCGCGUGCCGCGACCGCGAGAUCGUCAUCCUGCGUUCAGACACGGGAGAGACGUGGCAAGACCACUACCUGCACAACAAUGACAAUCCUAUGAUACAGGAGGCACUGGAACGCGAACGCCAGGAGUACGGCAACAACGGCGAGGCGCUGGGUGAGCGCGGGGAGCGCGUCACCCGCAUCGUCACGUGCGACUUCCCGCACUACCUGGCGUGCGUGUCGCGCGUCCGCCAGGAGGUGCACGUGGUGGGGCCCGAGGGCGGCACCGUCUCUAGCUCGCACAUACCGCAGGUGCAGGCGCUGUUCCCGCCCGCGGCGCUGACGAAGCGCAUCCGCGUGGGCGUGCAGGCGCAGGGCGCGGACGCGGCGCAGCGGGCGCGCGUGCUGCCGCGGCGCGGCGCCGUGUCCGCCGUCGUCACCGUGGAGCCGCGCCGCCGGAAGUUCCACCGCGCCAUCACGCUCACCGUGCCGCUGCCGCAGCCGCAGGAUGGGCAUGAGAAGCCGUCGACCUCCAACUUGCGGCUGCUGUGCUCCAUCAUGGGCGGGCAGGCGCGCGCCGUGUGGGAGGACGUUACCGGCUCCACGCCGCUCACCAUCACCGACGACUGCGCCUCCUUCACCACCACCGUCUCCGCCAGAUUUUGGUUGAUGAACUGCCAGAACGUGAACGACGCUACCAAACUCGCCACUGACUUAUACAGGGAAAUGUUGUUGGUGCCAUUUGACGUUCGCAUCGUGGUGCUCGGCAAGCGGCUGGACCCGCUCGAGGGCCGGCUCCUAGUCAUGACCAUCACAGACAGAUACGCCUAUGAAACCUUACUGCAGCAGGAGCACUACACGGAGGUGGCCCACUCCACCAGCGUCCGGCUGCUCGACGGGAAGGAAGUGUACCUGGAGUUCUCCGGGAACCUGGUCCCCGUCACCAAGUCGGGCACUCAGCCCAUGCUGACCUUCGAGGCUUUCAAAGAUAACAGAGCAGAAUUCACGGUGCGCGUCAAACAUCGCGAGGAAAAUCCAUCCGGCAGGAUCUAUUUCAUGAAUGAACCCAAGGUGCCGAAGGGUGAGCAGUCGCAGGCGCCGGCGUGCGUGCUGGACGUGGAGCUCCCGGAGCGCGUCGCGCCCAGAGCCAAGAGCCAGCUCGACUACCUCAACCUGGACCAGUCCGGCUUCGACGCGCUGAAGGAUGAGCUCAGUUUCCACUGGGGCGAGCACAACCACAGCACCGGGCCAGGGUCCUCACCCUGUGCGCGAGACAAACAACUCAACGGCCACGACUUAAUUAUUACAAACGGCAAUAUCAAAUACACGAAAGAUGAAGACAUUAUCGAUCCAAAACCACAACUUAACGGUGGAACCUUACAUGUUGACUCAAACAAAGUAAAGGCAACUUUUGAUUCCGACGAGGACAAAACUCCACAGAACACCCUCGAGAAAGGCAAGAAGAAACCUGAAACUAGCUUCCUUGGCGGCUUGGCUGACAAAGUGAAGAACGUGUUCAGUCACAGCGAAGAAAAGGAUGAUGAAGAUAAGGAAUCCUCACCGAAACCUCAACCAAAACCUCGCGAGCCCAAAGACAAAAGCCCACCGAAGCCAGCACCCAGAAUUAUAAACGAGGAGUUACUCGGCAAAGUCGAUGAUAUGUUCAAAGACUUACAGAAGAAGCCGCAGCAGAAAGAUGACGAAGACCUCACCGAUAACGUUUAUACUACUAAACUAGUAGUCGACGAAGAUGAGAAGCCACCUCUUCAGGAUAUCCAAGAAGAUUUGUACGAACAAUACGCUAAUAUGCAACCUGUCGACACUCCUGUGCAGUACAAAAAGACAGACCCGUUCCAGUUCUAUGUAGGCUGCUGCGAGGGAAGGUUCAAGAAGGGACAAAAACAUCGGCACGAUGAAACCUCCAAUGUGGUCGAUAGAAUCGAGCAAGUUAAUUUCGCAAAACAUGAGAUCAACAACGAACUGGCAGAAGGUCUUGAUAAGUUGGAAAAAGAACAAGAUAAUAUCAAGCAAAAAGUUGGCGACGCAGUUAACGACCAAAUAGGGAAACUUGAUCAUAUCAAAGAUAAUUUGGAACAAAAAGGAGAAGAAUUGAAAACUAGCGCCCAAGAUAAGAUAGAAGAAUCGGGAGAUUCCGCGAAGAAUAAAUUGCACCAGGUUACAGAUGCAGGCAAUAAAAUCAAAGAUGAUAUUAGUACUAAAGUAACUGACGUUAAAGACAAUUUAGUGGAAGAGGCUAAAGACGCGAAGGAAGCUACGAAAAACGCCAUAAAUAGUUUUACAUUACCUGCAGGGAUUGUAAAAGAUAAAGCUAAAAUGAAGGAACUGGCUAUAGAUUUUCUGGCUAGAGAGCAGGCUGAAGAGCAUAGAGUUCGAGAAAUGGAAAUAGCCAAAGAAGCAGAAAAGAAAUUAAAAGAAGCCUCUGAUGAUCUGAUACACAAGAAGAAUGAAGCUGAGAGUGAUAUCAAAGUCGAAGUUAAGAAAACAUCAGCUGCAGUCGUUGAUACUGUCCACGAUCUGCAGGAUGAUCUGUGUAACAAAGCCAUUGAUACUAAAGAAAAUGUUAAAGAAACAGUUGAAAAAGUGAAGGAUGCGACUAAAGGAAAACUUCAAUCUUUGGGCGACUCAUUUGAAGGCGCAAAAGAAAAAGGUAAAAAGGCCACAGAAGAUCUUAAAGCUGAUGCAAAGGCAGCUAAAGAAGAUAUUAAAAAAGAAGGUAAAAAAAAAUCUAAACAAGGAAAGAACUUCUUUACUGGGCUCGUCCAUAACAUUUUUGGGGAAAAGGAGAAAAUUGAAGACGAAAUUAAAGGAAAAAUCUCGGAAGGAAAGGAUUCCGCAAACGAUUUAUUAAACCAAGCUACUGCUAAAAAAGAUGAACUCUCUGAAGAUAUUGCCAAAAAACAACAUGAAGUCACUGAAGAUGCUAAAUCUGUUGUUAAAGGUGCUCAGGAGAAAACUGCUGAAGCAGCUAAAGCAUUGAAGGACACGAAAGAUUCUGUUGAAAAAUCAAUUCACGAUGAAACCGACAAAGCUAAAAAAGCUGCCGAAGAAGCCAUUCGCGAAACCGAAUCCACUGUUAAGGAUAAAACUAAUGAAAUUCAGACUGCCGUGGUAGACAAAACGAAAGAUGCCAAAAAUGCCAUUCAGGACAAAGUCACAAAAACGAAAGAUGCCGUAAACAAUAAAACUGAACAGAUUAAAGGUGCCAUUGAUGAUGCUAAAGACGCUGCUUUCGCGAAAGCCUCGGAAGCUAAAAGUGCAAUUGACGACAAGGCCAAUGAAACCAUAAAUACUAUCGAACACAAAACAAAUGAUAUGCCGCACACGAAAGACGAAAUACAACAAGGCAUUCGUGACCAAGCGAACAAAGCGACCGGCGCUACACAGAGCGAGCUGGACCAAAUAAGACGGGAAGCUGAAAAAACGACAGACGAGAUAAAGAAGUCCGCCGAGGACACGUUAAACGCCGCCGCAAACAAACGAGCUGAAUUCCAAACUAACGUCAGACGUCAAGUCAACGACAUCUCCGACGCGGGCAGAGACGAGCUCGAGAACUUACAACAGUCGUCCAAACAGGCGCUCGGUCGCGUGCAAGAUUCUGCCUUAAGCACUUUCGAUAAGGUCGAAAGUUCAACUAAGGAUAAGAUGAACGAAGCGACAGACACAUGGGAAAACUUGCAGAGUUCCACUCGUGAUACGUUUGCUGAUAUCCGGGAUAGCGUGGGCACCUCAACACAGGACACCCUGCGCAGCUUCCAAAGUUCGGCUGGAGAUACCUUCGACAGUCUCGAUGAUUCCGUUAAAGAAGUCUUCGGAGGAGCUCAGUCAGCCGCUUCCAACGUCCGACAAGGCUCUGAAGAGCUGUUCGGAAACGUAAAGGAAUCUUUUGAAGGCUUCCAAGUAUCCGCCGACAAUAAACUUGAAGAUGUAAAGGGUCUAGCUAAAAAUAGGCUAGAAGAGGCGGGCGAGAGGCUCGGCGAGGUUGGGGAGGAGGUGAAGGGGGAAGUGAAACAGACAGAACAAGCCGUGGCGGACUCGUUGACCAAGGAAGCUGAUAGUUUCACGAGCAGUCUCAACAAUCUGGGCAAUUCCGUCUUUGGCUCCUCCGGAAAAGGAUUCAUGAAAGAUUCGAGCACAAAACUACUGGAGUCUGAGAAAGCGCAGUCAUCACAACACAAGAAGAGUUCCGGCUUCUUCUCGAAACUGCGGCGUAAAUUUUGAAAUCAACGCAUCUUCAAGAAACGUGAUUUAGUUUUUAAUAUUUUAUUCGUCUUGCUUAGAACGUUCUAGUUUAAGUGAUGAAUAUGCGAUUACGUCUCGUAAUAUUUGGUGGUGCAUUUUGAACGAAGACCCUGUGUUAAAUUUUAAUACUGUUCAAAUCACAUCAGAGUGAAUUCAUAAUCAAUCUUGUAAACCCUACGUGUUUUUUUAAAGGUUAAAAUGUGGUUUGUCUGUAGAAAGAAAUUGAUGUCAUAGCAGAUCGGUUGUUUUAACCGAAUUAAAUUAUCCAAAUUAACUGUCUAUAUGAUUGCGAUCUAAUCGAAUUCUUAUAGGUUAUCGCUACAUUUUAUAGUACAUGAAAGGUGCUUUCAAAAGUUCAUAAAUAUUAUAAGUACAAUUUUAAUUAUUAUACUCCCACCGUUUCUUGAAAAUUAAUUAUUAAAACUAAUUGAUUCGUCAAUUUGAAGUUUACGGAUGUGUUAAAAGAUAUGGACAACUAACAUACACUAACAUGUCCAGGUCUCAAAUAUUAACAGAUGUCAAAGACAAAAAUGUUGAUAAAGUAACAUGAUAAUGUAGAUUUAUAAAAUUGAGAAUUUUCAAUAUUUUACAUUUUUCGUAAUUGUUUGUUUAUCUGUGGAAUAUUUGGAAAUCUAAUGCUAAUUAUUAGAUAAAUGUUGUAAUUCAUCUACACUCUUCCUUGUAUGGUGUAUUUAGUGACACUCAAAUUUUUAACACUGUGAAGUUUUUGCAAUUAUGAAUGUGUUAAAUUGGUUUGUAGAUAUUUUCCCUAAAAUUUGCGUAUUACGUUAUUACCUGCGUAAUAAAAGCAAAAUUCAUUUUCGCUAACUAUUAUUAGUUUUUUUUAUAUUUGAUAAUAUUUAAUUGAAGAUUAAUGACGAAAAUUAAUUCAAGAUUGAUUGAUUGAAAUUCAUUUUCACCUACUUGGAUUUAUUGUAUUCAAUAACAUUUGGUUGAAGAUAAAUUUGUGAUGGGCGCUGGAAUCGAAAACAAAUACUUUCUUUAAUUAAAAUAAAUAAAGUAAACAAAACGAAGGAGUAAUGUCUGUUACUCCUAAUAAAUGUUUCCAAAACCGGGACAUCUCCCGCGGAAAUGAGAACAGGAAUCUACUCUCUAUCCAUAUAGGAUCCAUACAAUACACAUUAUAGGGUCAGGUUUCUCUGUACAUUGAAGAUAUUUCCAAAACACGUAACUGAUAUAAAAUAUUUUAUUGGGUUUUCAAAUGUCUCUGACUGUACAUCAUGAAGGUUUAAUUUUGUUUGUUUUCUACUUUUCGGUUUUACGAAGAAUAAGCUUUAGACUGCUUUUAAGGAUACUUUUGUGUUUACAAGCUCAUAUAAACUGGUAUAUUGUUUGCCUUCAACAUAGUCCCACUGCAUUUCUAAGAAUUUCUUCUGACGUCAGAAUAGUUUGAUAUGUUUAAUUUGUUACCUUUUAUAAUCUGAAAUCACUUAGACGUAAUGACGCUUUGAAAAUAUCUACAUACUGUUUUGUAUUGUUCGAAGUACUGUGAUGCCAAAUGUAAUAUGUGUAAUGUUAGUUCUUUUUGUUAAUUUUAUUGAUAAAUUCUACGUUUUAUCUAUUUAUUGCUUUUAGUAAUAAAUCAGGUACAUAUUUGAAA